GUGCAUACACGAGGAAGCGUCACUCAAAUCACUCUCGUUGAGGCUUUAUUCGCGAAUUCGGAUCGGCAGUGUGUGUAGCGCGCUUAUUGGUGAACCAUACGGAUUAAAAGACACGAAAAUGCACGAAAUGUCUGGGCUCUGCGGCGAGAAGCAGCAGGUGAUGCUACUGAUGCUGAUCCAACUGGUGGUGAUAGUGCUGAUGGGAACGCUAAUGACAUAUGGACCGGAAGCUCAACCCGAGAUGAGAAAUAGAUCGACGAUCACGGUUUAUUCGUCAAACAGUGGAAUAACGGCAGACAGACGAGACGACAAGCCGCCUCCGCUCUAUCCAAUGUACCAAGAUGUCCACGUGAUGAUAUUCAUCGGCUUUGGCUUUCUCAUGACUUUUCUGCGAAGAUACGGUCAAAGCGCUAUUGGAUUGACAUUCCUGGUUGGUGCGAUUCUCGUGCAAGUGGCCAUGCUGUGCGAAGGGCUAUUCAACAUGGGCAAGGAUGGGAAAGCACCGCUAUCGCUUGAUUCGCUGCUAAGUGCUGACGUGGCAGUGGCUGCACCACUUAUAUCAAUGGGCGCGCUACUCGGCAAAACCACCUACAUCCAGCUCAUCUUCAUGGGCAUUAUUGAGCUCAUCGUCUACACUCUCAACAAGUACAUCGGCGAGAAGCAUUUUGGGGCCGUAGACGCUGGAGAUAGUAUGUACGUGCACGCGUUUGGGGCUUACUUUGGAUUGGCAGUGAGCUUUGUAUCUGGCAUGAAGGAGAAGCCCAAGGAGCACAGCCUCGAAGGAUCCACUUACGAGUCUGACAUAUUCGCAAUGAUUGGCACGGUAUUCUUGUGGUUAUUCUGGCCGUCGUUCAACAGCGCAGCAUUGAAGGGCGACGAGCAACAUCGAGCGAUCAUCAACACCUUGUUGUCGAUAGCAGCGAGUUGCGUCGUGUCGUUCGCCAUAUCAGCUUUCGUUUCCAAACAGAACAAGUUCAACAUGGUACACGUGCAAAAUUCGACUCUCGCUGGUGGCGUUGCCAUUGGCACUGCAGCUGGUAUGAUGUGUCAACCAUAUGGAGCUCUAGUUGUAGGCAGUGCAGCUGGUAUCAUUAGUGUGCUUGGCUACAAAUAUCUCACGCCACUGAUACAGAAGCGCUUGAAGAUUCACGAUACAUGCGGAGUUCAUAAUUUACACGGCAUGCCAGCAAUUAUAGCUGGGCUAUUUGGUGCCAUUCUUGCCGGGAUUGCGACGGAAGAUGUUUACAAUUAUUCCUUAUACGAGAUAUUUCCGGCACGCGUUCCCAGCUUAGGGCAGAAUCUAACCAUGCUCAACGAUAACUACAAUACAGUAUUCAAACCCGGUCUUAAUCGUAGCGCUGCUCAGCAAGCUGCUUAUCAACUGCUGGCUCUCGCUGUCACACUUGGUAUUGCUGUAGUUAGUGGUUUGCUCACUGGCUUGAUUCUGAGAUUUUCGAUUUGCGGAAGCAUCAGCGAGGAUGAGAAGUUCGACGAUUGUAUUCACUGGGAACUGGAAGGCGACGAACAUGAGACUUCAUCGGCGAAUAAAGAUGGAAACGGCAGAAAUUUAGAGCAACUUUCUAUGGGCCACAUUUGAAUCUUAAUUUAUUGGG